AUGAUAUUUAUUUUCAUAAGCUGUUGGCGCUUGACAGUACACAUAAAUUUUUGACACACAGCGGCCAAAACAUUCGUCUGUGUAUUUAAGGAUAUUUGAUCCCGCGGCCGUAGCUGUUAAAGUUGAUCCCGUCGCCGGAGCUUUCUGGCCGACGGUGAGAAAAUCCCCGAACGAAUCUAGUACGCAUGGGUUUCAACUUCGUGGUUGGCGUUCUUGGAGUGUUGAUUCUCGCUCAUGCCGCCUAUUCAACCAUCCAACAUAGAGGUUUGUUGAAGAUCAUGGAAGAAGAGUUUUCAGGACUUCCAAUGAAUGUGGUGGCUGAGUUGCUUCUGGGUUUAGCUUUUUGUAUGUGGGCAGCGUUGACUGUGCCGGGGAAGUUUCUUUCGAUACAUCCUGACUCUGAGGAGAACAGGAUUGUUUCUUUGCCAGCCAAUCUUGACUUCAUUACUUUCAACCAUCGGGGCAAAGUAUUUCCUUCAGAAAUUAAUAUGAAGUUGAAGUAUUAGGUUUCCAUUUUUUAUCAUGAGAAAGGAUCUUCCUAGGACCGAUUGAGAUAACAAGAUGCAUGAAUUCUCCUACAAGCUUGCAAAAGCAUGAUGGCAUUUUUGUGAAUUUGGAUACUGCUAAUAACUUUGGACUGCUUAUGGUUAUGCUUGCUUAUUCUUUCCUGGCAUUUGUCUAUUUGGUCGCACAAGAAAAUCUGAAUCAAGUAGUUUUUAAUCUGAA